AUGGACCGAGCGUUGGUCGAGGAAAAGUUUCCGUUCAUCACGAAGCAGUACCUGGAGGGUGUGUUGCGCCGGGAGCAGUGCGAAAGUGCCAUCCGCGUGGACAGCUUCAGGGUGGACGCACCGUUGGCGAAGGGACAAAACUAUUCCAGCGAUAUCUUGCGGGUGACCGUAGACUACACGACCGGAAGCCACAACCAUCGCACCCAGACCUACAUCUUGAAGGUGUCUUUCGGCCGGGAUGAGGCUAGCGAUCUGUUGGACGAGUAUGAUGUGUUCAAGCGAGAGAUCGCCGUUUACGACAUCGUCAUGCCGAAAGUGGAGCAGUUGCUCAGCUCGAUCGGAUACCAGAAGCGGUUGGCUCCGGUUGCACACGCCAUCCACUCCACGACCAUUAAGCACUUUGUGUUUGAGGAUCUGUCCCUGCAGGGCUACAAACCAGUCAACCGGGCAGCGGGUCUAAACUUUCGCCAGCUUCAGAUGGUGCUGGAGAAAGUGGCCAAGUUCCAUGCCGCUACCGCCGUGCUGUAUGUGAUUGAACCGGAAACUAUGGACUCGCACCACUACCGGAACAUCAGCGAGGACGUGCCGCACUUUUAUCCACUGUUCCAGAACAGUGUCGUGGCGUGCGGUCAACAAGCCCAAGGUUGGCCCACAACGCAAGGCCGGAUCGCGGAGAAGCUGCUGGCACUUAAGAAAACGAUCGUUGCCAAGGGUUGCCAGGUGUACACGCGGCACGAGUCGGACGGUUUCAGUGUACUAAACCACGGCGAUCUGUGGGUGAGCAACGUAAUGUACAAAACUGAUCCUCGCGGAACACCGAUCGAUGUGAUCCUUGUGGACUACGCAACCGGCUUCUUUGGUUCCCCGGCGAUCGACCUGAGCUAUCUGCUGUUCACAUCCGCGGCCAACGAUGUCACGGUCGAUGACUUCGACCUGCUCCUACAGUAUUAUCAUUCGGAACUGGUCGACGCGCUGGUGAAGCUAAAGUACACCAAGCGCAUUCCAACACUGCUCGACAUCCAAAUCGAGAUGCUGCGCAAAGGGCACAACGGAGUGAUGUUUUCCACGUUCCUAAUACCGCUACGGCUCCUCGAGGAUACCACCAACGCCGAUCUGGGUGGACUGCUGGGCCGCUCGGAGGAAGCGAUCGCAUUCCGCGCACGGCUAUUCUCACAGCCCCGGUAUCAGGACCGGAUGGAGUACCUGUUGAAUUACUACGAUCGGAAGGGCUAUUUGGAUUGACGGCGCGGCCGGCACGAUGUUUUAUUAGAUUUAAAUUCGUAUCUACUCUAAGAACCCUUGGUGAAGGAAGCGUGGUAGCAGCUCCCGAAGCAGCACCCGGUACUCCGGAUGGUUGUACAGUUUGCGCCGGUAAGCGUGGGCAUCCGUCUCAUCCGUCCCGUACACGCUGACCGCGUGCCCGUAGUCGGCGAACAGGAACGGCACAAAGCAAACCACCAGCACUACCUCCAAAAACCCGGCACGAACCAGAUCCAUGUUCAGAUCGAGCAGCGUCGGAGCUUUGCCCAUAAACCCUAGCGUGGCCAGUGUUUCCGAAAACUCGCGAUGGUACAGCUGCAACAGCUGCUGGCGUUUCGUUUGGCGUGUCUCGUGAUCGCACACGAGGUACAGGAAGUACAGCAAAUCGACGGCCACCGUUGUCCAGCAGCUGAGCUGAUAGUCGACCUGGAAUGGUGCCACUGGUGAGUGAGUGCGGUCCGGCAAGGCGAGCGAUGUCUGUGGCCACUUACGAACAACACAUCGUUCGGCGCGUCACCCGAGUUCAGUUUCAACAGCACGUUGCUGUAGUGAAAGUCGCCGUGAUUGAGCACCUUGAAGCGGUACUCGGCAUCCUGGGCGUUGUAGAUCUGGAUGCCCCACUCGAAAAACGUUUCGCGGAGGCUGUGGAAGCGUUUGGCGUAGUGCGCGUACCCUUCCCAGGCCGACAGCUGCUCGAUGAAGAUACCAAAGCAUUCGACCAGAAAAUUCAUUCCCUCCAGUGUUUUCGGCUUGAACAAUUCGUUCUGCUGUUUGUCGGUCGGUUUGCGCUGCGCCAAGAAGAAGAAGGUUCUAAGCCUGAUAGAGGAGUAGAUCGGGCAAGUUUCUCACUCACCAUGCUGGCUUGCUGCUGGCUGAAGGACGCAGCGUGAAACUGUGCCAACUUGGUCAGCACUAGGACCGCAGUGUCGGCGGCGAGCAAGCCGGAACCCGCCACGUACUGCUGGUUGGUUAAGUCUUCCAAUAUCAAGUGCGGCCUCGGUUCGCUGGCGGCAAAAAUCAG